AUGGACAUCAUUGUCCUUCUUCUGGACAUGGUAUUAAUGACAUUCUGCAGAUUGGAGUCAAAAACUGCAAAGUGCGACGGAAAAUUUGAACUGAGUGGACUUAACCAUGGCCACUUGGAGCAAGGAAUUAAAAACCAUGCCAUAGUGGGACACAGUUUUAAAAAUUUCACGUUGCCAAAAAUUUAUGAUUGUCAUAUCCAGUGUUUUGACGAGAAAUGUAAGUGCCAAGCAUUUCAAAUAUCUGGGGAUCGCUGUGAGCUGUUGGAUGAAGAUAGAUAUUCAACUCCUGAUGAGUUCAUAUAUACUCCUGGAUACGCUUACUUUGAUAUGAGCAGGGAAUAUAUUCACCAGGUAAGGGUGAUAUGUCUACUGGAUACAAAUAUUUCGCUCAUUCGAAAUGCUGGUUUGUCUCACUUCUACUUUUUCUGACGGCUUUCGAAAACGACGUGAGUGUCGACUUCUUGUUGGAAAAAAGUUUUCUUUUAUUUUUUGCCCAUAAAAAGGGUUUAGGACACAUGUUUCAAAAAUAGUUUAGUUGUUCUCCAAUUCUCUCUUUUUACGUCGCCACAAGCCAAAAAUGAUUUUUGGCUAGACCGUCCCAGUGAACAGCAAUCGAAAAUGUAAAUUUCAAAGAUUUUGUCCAGCGCGCAGCGACUGCAACAAUGCGGCUCACGGAAUUCUAUCUUGCUACAAGCUACAAGAUGUAUUCAAUGUCUAAUCAUGUGUCAAGUUUUCAAGCUCGUUCUAUAACGAUUGAAGUUUACGAUUAAAGCUCCAACAUGCAAAUUGAAGAGGAUCUUGUUGUUUAACAAAGGACAAUUUUGCGCAGUUUUGAGGGAUCUAGUUGGUAAGGUAACGUCAAACCCUUAAUAAUUAAAUUGCUAGGGUUUAUGCAUCGUAGUGAGUAGCAGUGUGUUAACUUCAACACCAGUUUCUGCUCAUUUUACAGCCAAAUAAUCUAUGAUAUGUGUAUUGUAGGUAACUUCAGACAGCGCAUAUCCAGACUCACACUGCAGUAAUCAAUGCUGUAGUGAUAGUGUGUGUCUUAAUGGGGCCACGUGCACCGAACUCUGUCAGGACGCCAAACACAAGUUUAAAUGUUCAUGUGCACCAAGAUAUGUCGGGAAAUUUUGCCAGAAGCGAAGAACUUCUUGCAAAGAGCAGCUUUUAAUGGACAAGAAGUCAUCGUCGCAAGCUUACUGGCUGUUUGAUCCGACAAGCAACUCUUGGUACGAAACCUUUUGCGAUUUUACCACUGAAAAUGGUUUUGUUUGGACUCUUAUUGAAUCGUUCAGCCUGGUUAAUAACCAAAAUUUCGCGGAUAAAUCAUUCUAUAAAGAUUAUCCUGUCAUUGAGAACGAUUUUAACUGGAAUAAGUUCCGUUUGUCUUUGAAUCGGAUGGAGUCAAUUGCUAACCAGUCCUCUCACGUGCGUGCAACAUGCAACUUUAACACUGAUGGUCUGAACUUCACUGAUUACUUGAGAGCCAAACUGACUGAUAUCGAUGUGAUGCGGAAGAAAUUCGACGAUUGCAGGAAUUACGAAUACAUUAACGUCCGUGGUUACGGUUGCCAUGACUGCACUGCUGUGUUUGUUCAGCAGGAUAUGUGGCAUGCACACGUGGACUCGUAUCAUGGAGCAAGGUGUCAGUUGAACGCAUCAGGAGCAAUAAAGGACCCAGGGGGGGAGGAUGACUUUGGUUGGUACCAAACAGUAAACCCCAUUCAUAGGUGCUCUUCAAAUAACAACUCCACCACACAAUGGUGGUUCGGAGAACACUAA